AAGGAAGAAAAUAUGACGGCCCGCCUGAUGCUCGCUGUGGGAGGAGCAGUGCUGGGUUCCCUGCAGUUUGGCUACAACACUGGUGUCAUCAACGCCCCGCAGAAGGUGAUUGAGGACUUCUACAACCGUACGUGGCUGUACCGAUACAAUGAGCCCAUCAGCCCGGCCACCCUCACCACGCUCUGGUCCCUCUCCGUUGCCAUCUUUUCCGUUGGAGGCAUGAUCGGAUCCUUUUCCGUGGGGCUCUUUGUCAAUCGCUUUGGACGGCGCAACUCCAUGCUGAUGUCCAACAUUCUUGCCUUCGUGUCAGCCGUCCUCAUGGGCUUCUCCAAGAUGGCUUUCUCCUUCGAGAUGCUCAUCCUCGGCCGCUUCAUCAUCGGCCUCUACUCCGGCCUCACCACCGGUUUCGUGCCCAUGUACGUGGGUGAGGUGUCACCCACUGCGCUGCGGGGCGCGCUGGGGACCUUCCACCAGCUUGGCAUCGUCUUGGGCAUCCUCAUCGCGCAGGUCUUCGGUUUGGACUUGAUCAUGGGAAACGACUCCCUGUGGCCGCUGCUCCUGGGCUUCAUCUUCGUCCCUGCCCUGCUGCAGUGCAUCAUCCUGCCCUUUGCCCCCGAGAGCCCCCGCUUCCUCCUCAUCAACCGCAACGAGGAGAACAAAGCCAAGAGCGUCCUCAAGAAGCUCCGGGGCACAACGGACGUCAGCAGUGACCUCCAGGAGAUGAAGGAGGAGAGCCGGCAAAUGAUGAGGGAGAAGAAGGUCACCAUAAUGGAGCUGUUCCGCUCCCCCAUGUAUCGCCAGCCCAUCCUCAUCGCCAUCGUCCUGCAGCUGUCCCAGCAGCUCUCAGGGAUCAAUGCGGUCUUCUACUACUCCACCAGCAUCUUUGAGAAGUCGGGUGUGGAGCAGCCCGUCUAUGCCACCAUUGGCUCUGGUGUGGUCAAUACAGCUUUUACGGUUGUUUCGCUCUUUGUGGUGGAGCGGGCUGGCCGCAGGACGCUGCACCUCAUCGGCCUGGCCGGGAUGGCGGGGUGCGCGGUGCUCAUGACCAUUGCCCUGACGCUGCUGGACCAAAUGCCCUGGAUGUCCUACCUCAGCAUCGUGGCCAUCUUCGGGUUUGUGGCCUUCUUUGAGAUCGGUCCAGGCCCCAUCCCGUGGUUCAUUGUGGCAGAACUGUUCAGCCAAGGCCCUCGUCCUGCUGCCUUCGCUGUUGCCGGGUUGUCCAACUGGACCUCGAACUUCAUUGUGGGCAUGGGCUUCCAGUACAUCGCGCAACUCUGCGGCUCCUACGUCUUCAUCAUCUUCACGGUGCUGUUAGUCCUCUUCUUCAUCUUCACCUACUUCAAGGUGCCGGAGACGAAGGGCCGGACCUUCGACGAGAUCGCCUCCGGGUUCCGGCAGGGAGGAGCGGCUCAGAGCGACAAAACCCCGGACGAGUUCCACACUCCCAUGUAG